GUUAUAAUUGAUAUUUGGCGUGUUUUAACAUUUGUCUGUGAAGUAGGUCGUGGUGAAUAAUAGCGGUCACAAAGUAGGUUCUAGAAGGCGUUGUAGACCUUUGAACGAUGAAUGUUUGUGGUAGGCUUUAGAUAGCAUGGAGAGGCUGUCGCAUGACUUAAACCUGGCGUUGGAGGAGAGUAAUUGCUGCCGCCAAGAGCGGCGGAAGCUGGGACUGCGACGACGCACUAGAUCCGCUGGCAAUCUGCCAGCAGCCGUGGCAGUCAGUCUAGUGGAAGAUGGGAGCUCCAGCAGCCCUCCACAGGCUCCCCUCAUCACACAGCCACUCUCAGAUUCGGAUGAUCCUCAUCUGAGUAUCAAUAAAUCCAUAAAAUCUAGACAGUACUGCCAGAUUGGCAACUUUGAGUCAGACUCUUUUAACGAAAAUUUUUCUCCAACUCGACCUGCCAAUGCUAGGAGGAAACGCAAAUUUAAAAAGAUGCCAGUUGAAUAUCUUGAUGGCAAACGGUCCCCACCUGUUGAGAUACUCAGUAUAACUACAGAGGCUUCAACACCGUCGACUAUCUUGCUACAGGGUCAGAGCUUUCCACCUUUAAUACAUAUGAAAUAUAAACCACAUGUGAAGCAGGAAAGAAAUUCUUUCUGCGGUAAGAGGAAGUGGUCACACAGAGACAAGAGUGAUAUGUGUGAAAUGAGAGAAAGAUCCUUCAGUGGAGGCUGCUCAUCAAAAUCAGCAUUCUUUGCUAAAAGUGACUUUAAGGCAAAAAAACACGACUUGGAGAAAAAGAGAAAAGACUUAGUCUUACAACCAGGUAAAAUAGUCCUUAAAUCACAAAACACUGAAGGCGUUAAGCCAUCUACUUUCACAAAUACGCCGUCACUGCCUGGCAGUUCCAGUUUCAACUUUGUAUACAAACAUUCUUCCAAAACUCCAACUUUGUCAAAACUAACAGGAUACAAAGUUACAACUGAUCUACCGCCUUUCUUCAACCCUACAACGAGUACGGGGAAAAAUAGCGAUGGAAGAUAUCACAGGAAAUUAAAAGUGUUAAAUAAGACUUAUCCAUCUAACUCUUUACGAAAUCCUUUACACUUUGACGAUUCAAACAGCGGUAUGGACUGUGUAGGUAAUGAAUCAAGUUCAUUGAGCAGUAGUGAUUCAGACGGGGUGGUAACCAAUGACAGUGACAGAGAAGGCGACGACGAACUCACCGACUGGCCUGGAAUAGAAGAACUGAAAGUCUUCAAUAAAAGUCUCACGUUCAAAUCCUCGAAAUCUAUCAACAACAAUUCCCCGCAGUCUCUCAACAACAUGCCACCUCCAAAACGGUUAAAAAAAGAAAAAUUUCUUGUCAAAAGCGGCUGGGCGAGCUGUAAGAACAAAUUUAAGAAAAAAAGACCCAAAGUCGAGUCUGGAAAUGAAGACGAUGCCAUGAUGUCAGAUUCAAAAACCGUGGUCGACUUGGAAGAAGAGGCUUUAUUGAAAGAAAACAAAGACAUACUGCAACCACAUUCUUCAUUUGCAAGUUUUAGCGAUAUAAAAAACGCGGGCGUAGCAGGUCAGAAUGCGAACGAAUCGUUUUUUCAGUCCUUUCAGGCAUUUCAAGAGAAAGAGCAGAAAAAUGAACAGUUUAAUCAGACGCCGCGUACUAAUUUCUCUUUACAGAAAACGUCAUCAAGCGACUUAAAUGUGAGUGAGAAGUCUCCUCAGAGUGAUCACUAUUGCAGCGAACACUCAAUGGGUACUGCGGGAUUGAAUGAAAUCAGAGAAAUACGAGCUGGGUGUCGGCGUAUACGAGAUGAACGACCCGGCUUCCUCAUACUAAGUGCAGCGAAUGAACAGCUUUCUAAAUUUCUGCAAGACUCUUGCCAGACAGAACUUAAAUUGCCCACAUUGAACGACCCUGAUGAAAAAGAAAAAUUGGAAUCACUAGCCAAAUUGUAUUCCUUGGAAUUGAAAGUGGAAAUGGGAAGACCUGUACUGAAAAAAACAAGUAACACAAUGCAAGCAAUACGAGUAGAACACUCUUACCACCAUUUUCCAUCUGACCAUAAGAGGCGGUGUUAUGGAGAAGAUCCUGACACAAGUCUGAGUCUGAGCGAUCAGAAUUCAGUCAACUCUAUAAACGAUUUGGAAGAGUCUCAAGAUUUCACAGCUGUUCAACCAGAUCCCGUACCGGGCCCUUCCCAUACUGCGGACACAUUCUCGAGCACGCUAGUCGAUAAAUCGCUGCUGCAUCCAGGUGAAAUAGAUUGAGGGUUACAAGUAUUGUAUUCUGUUCAAAGUUGACUACGGCCGAGCUGAAAUAAGAGUAGUUUAGACUCUUGUAACAGUUUUAAAAUUGUUAACACCAUUAUGCAUAUAAAGUGAAUUAGAUAUUGAUGGAAAAAUUGAUUAGAAAAAAUUUAAAUAAUUUGACUAGUCAAUACCAUUUAGGCCCGGCGCCCAUUAGCCGGCUCGGUAUCCCCUAAGCUUACCAUAGCUUUGUUUUCGUAGCUAUGACCGUUACCAUUGAAAUUUCAACUAUAACACCUGUCUGCUCCAGCGGACCUCUAUCUACGGCUUACAUGACAUACGUACUUGUUUUUACUUCUUGCUCUCGCAUCUAGUCUCUUCAUGUACAUUUUAUGACGUACUGGCGCUUUUCUCAAACAACGCGAGAAAAUAAUAAAGAAGUAAAGGAUGAAGGAAAA